UGGAAGUCGCUUUCAAACGACCAGAAAGCCAGAUAUUUCAAGCAGGCUGAAACAGAAAGACAGAAUCAUGCCAAAGAGCAUCCAGCCUGGUCGACCAAAGAAAACUAUGGCAAGAAGAGGAAGAGAAUCAGACUUAGAAAAGAAUCUGCAUCUGUACAUGAAGAAGAAGCUCAACAAGCCAACAACUUGCGUAUGAGGCCAGCUGAGUCACAGCCAUCUUCUUCUUCUCAUUCAUUUCUGACAGAGCCACAUGAGCAGCCACAGACAAAGCCAGAUGACAGCAGCGUGCCUCGCCAGCAGCCAGUGUGUUUGCAACUGCCAAACACACAGGCAUCACCCUACACACCUCUCUGUCAAGAAAAUCAGGUCUCCCCUGCCUCUCACAUGAAUUUCCCUGAGGACACCUCAUUGGACUCCCCUGUUGCAGCCCUUCAGUUCCAGACAGAGGAAGCCUUUGUCGCAGACAGUGAGGAAGAACUGCUGUCAGUGCUGGAAGAGCUCGACCCCCUCCCCAUCACUGCGCAGUCUCAGCAGCCCUCACCCACCCCUGCCUCUCCUGUAGAUGCCUCUCAAACUGCAUCAGUUCAACCCCGAGUUGAAUUAUUUCAAGACCGAGAUGAGCCCAUCUGUUUUGCUGAAAUCCAAGAAGACAUGUGGUCAGUGCUUGACUACCUCCCCGUCUCUCAGCAGUCUAAUGUGCUCUCCUCUCCUCAUUCACACAACUACUCGACUCCUAAACAAAAUCUCAUCUGUCCUGCUGAUUCCCCUCCAUCCAAACUGGCGUCCUCCCCUGUUGCAUUCACUGAAUUGCAGUCAACAACCCCCAUCUUUUGCCAACUAAUGAAAAACAAUAAUUUCACUAUAGACUAUUGGACCGAUUUCAAUUGAAUGAAACUGUUACUCCUGUUAUUUCAACAUCUGUCUUUGUGUAAAUAAAUAAAAAACAAACAAA